CGAUUAUCAAAACUCAACUGACAGAACGAAAACAGGUAUCGGGCAGAGAAGGACUACAUUCAACAUUGCGGUCGGCUGGAAGGUUAUCGCCGAAAUAAAGAGUGCUCUUUGUCGUGAAAGAUGGCCAUCACAAAAAUUACUUCCGAAGACCAGUACAAGCAGCUGAUCGGUGCCUCAACGGUGUCGGUGGUGCUAUUUUCAGCCGAAUGGGCUGAACAGUGUAAACAAAUCAGCGAUGUUAUGAACGAGCUAGCCAAACAGACGGAAUUUAAAGCGCUACAGUUUCUAGAUGUACCGGCGGAAGAUCUCUCGGAGCUGUCCAUGCGGCACCAGAUCGAUUCAGUACCGACGGUUCUGUUUUUGCGCGACGGAAAAGCUGUCGAUCGUAUCGACGGCGUAGAUGUGGGGACCCUAACGCAGAAGGCAAAAAAAUAUGCCGGCACAUCGCUAACAACAAGCACAGCGGGCGACGGAGCAGACAAUUUGGAGGAGCGUCUGAAAGCGCUCAUAAAUCGUUCCAAGGUGAUGAUCUUUAUGAAGGGCGAUCGCAAUACCCCACGCUGUGGUUUCUCCAAGCAGCUGAUAGCGAUCGUUAACGAUACCGGCGUUGAGUACGACACGUUUGAUAUACUGACUGAUGAAGCUGUACGACAAGGACUGAAAACGUUUUCGAACUGGCCUACCUAUCCGCAAGUUUAUGUAAAUGGUGAGCUUAUCGGGGGACUGGAUAUCAUCAAGGAAUUAUUGGAGGGAGGAGAGCUAAAGGAAACGUUAAGCCCUUAAAAAGGCGACUGUGCAUGUAAAGCAGGACGCGUUUUACGUACGGUUUUCGUUUCGUUUCGUUUGGUUAAUUUAUUAUUGCGUAAAUGCAGCGUCGGGUUCCAACGCUUAACUAAGGCGCGGUGUAAAGUUUACAGAAUGAAAAUACCCGACGAAAGAAUAUGAACCAGAAAAUACCAAGAAAAAAUAAACCAUCGGGCUUUGGUUUGCUUA